AUGGAACAACGCCGCACUUCUUUCAGGCCGCCAGCCGGCGUAAGUUCUGGACUGGGUGGGCUUCCUCUUCCCCUGCAACUACGUACCGGGGAGUCUAGCCGUGCUACUGAUAGGACGGAUGCACUAUGGGCUGAAAUGCAAGCUACGUUGGAGGAGGUUGAACUAAGUGCAAGCGGUGGCACGCGUGUGUUUGGGCCAGAUCACGACAGAAAAUUGGCAGAGCUGAGAGCGUCGCAGAUUGCUUUGGCGCAAGCAUGGGCUCGCAGUGAGGCUGAUGAAGCAAUUGAGACAACCAUCUCCAGUGCCGCCGCCGCCGCUGCUGCGGCAGUGCCUGGUGCAGAGAAGGUCAUUGGCGGCGGCGACACCACUGGAGGCAAGACCGAUGGCACCGCAGGAGGUACGGAUGGAGCUGGCGGCCGGAGCACAGCAGGGAGUGGAAGACCCGGAAGUGCUGGUAUAGGCACGGAGCGACUUGGCGCAAAACUAGAAGAGGAGACCGAAGUCGAUAUACUUCUUGCGAGGAAACGAAGAGAGGCCAACGACCGUUACUUCCAGCGGGUCAACCAAGGAGUGUUGGAUGUUGUGGCAAAGCUGGAAGAAGUUGCCGUCGCUAUGAAAGCUGUUGAGCAGGAGAGCAAAGAUGUUUGGGGCGAGAAUGAGAGCGUUCCCGGAAGUGCAAAGACAUGA